CGACUCUCGAGACCCAUAGUAGACACAAGCCGACAUGGCAAGAGCGGCCCACACCGCAUGAGAUACUGUACUCUAAAAGUCACAAGGAUAUCCAGGGUCGGAGUAGAUAAGGAGGACAGGGCGGGCCUUGGCACCACUUCCGCUUUCGUGCAAUUCAAGAACAUUUCUGUGUAAAAACUUCCUCACCAAAAGGUUCCCGCAAUUGGCCAGGAUAUCGCCAAGUGGAUACUAGAUAGAUACGAAGAGGAGUUGCAGUCGAAACCCAGACAGUAGAACACACGGGCGAGGCCGUCGUCGAGCAGUUCAACAACGUCGAACAGGGAGUCCAAAGGUCAUGAGUCCCACGCAGUCAGCGGAACCCGACUUGGACCCGUACUUGGCGGGUUUUCAAGCCGCAGCCCGCACCCUAUUCGCAGAGCAGGAUGCUCGUACUCGACAGCUCCUGCAGGAGCAAGAGGAGCGCUAUGAGCGGAAGAUCCAUGUCAUGCUGCAGCAGAACACCCAGCCGGUCUAUGUUGCGAACCCGCAUAUGUCUGGCGCUAUGUUCCCGCAGCUCGGACCUCCCGGCCAGCAACUUCAACCCCACCAGCAGCUUGCACCACAGCUUGGUGGAUUUCAACCACAGCUGGUUCUCCCGCCGAAUCAGCUAGCUAAUCAACAUACGCUGUUGACGAACACAUCUGUACCGUCCAGCUUAUCGCCAUAUGGAUUCCCAGCCGCAUCUCCGAUGGAUUCCCACGACCCUUUCGCCACUUAUACCACCAUCCCCGGGACUACCAAUCAUUCCACCCUUUCAGCGCCAGCGUUCUCCUACCUCGACACGCUGAAUCUCGACACGGACUUCAAUAUGCUCACUGAACAGAUAUUGGACGCCUCGGGCGUGAUCCCAAUGGAUCUUCACACACCUUCACUAACAUCGGUAGCAGUGAAGUCUGCUGACGGCAAAUCAAAGUCGAAAAAGUCCAAGCGUAAGGCGUCAGUGGAUAACAGUGUCGGUGGCUCAGUGGAGGGUGCCAGCAACGAUACCAGCUCCUCGAAGAAAAAGAAGACGAGCAAAGGCGACGACGAAACAAAGACAAAGAGGAAAGCUCGGACGAAGUCCGUAUCGAAGGCCGGCGCUGCCGUCAAAUCGCCAACUCUGGCGACCGGUGAGCCCAUGACAGAGUCGGCGCCUGCCACAAUCAACGGUACACUCAGCUCGGCCCCGGGUUCGGUUGAGCCCGCAGUGUUCAUCGCGGCUAGUGCUGAGAGCACAUUAGCGCCUAUGCUUCAACCCAUUGCGACGUCCGCACUGCCCUUACCGGACGGCAGCGCCUUCGCUCUCACAUCUGCACCAGCAUCGAUGAGCCCGAUGACACUUCCCGCUGGAACCAUCCCAGACGCAACACAGAGUCCGGCGAUGGUACCCGCCUUCCAGAUGGCGUUCAGUGCGGCACCAACAACGCCUGAUUUGACAUUGUAUUCCGAAGUAGCACCCGACCAUGGUCCCGUGUCUGCGCCAGCCGCCACAUCCUACGGGCCACCGCUGGCGAUCUUGCCGGCACUUGCAGAUGCCCCGAAAGAGGUCCCUCCGGCAAAGCUGCCCUUACCCCGCCUGGCCAAACCAGUGCAACCACCUCAACACUUCCUCGCAGCGCAGAUCCUGAAGCACCAGCGGAAAGUAGCCCACAACGCGAUCGAGCGUCGAUAUAGGAACAACAUCAACGAUCGUAUCACCGAACUGCGAUCAGUCGUUCCCGCAUUGAAUGGGCCGAAGAUUCGGGAUGCAAAGGGUUCAAAGAGGAACCGUCCUGAAGACGAAAGCAGCUCCGAAGACGAGGACGAAGGCGAACUCAUCGACGGUGUUCCCGCUGCUAAGAAGCUCAACAAAGCGACGAUCUUGAAGAAGAGCACGGAAUACAUCUUGCACUUGAAGUCUUCCAACGACAUUGUCCUGGAUCAGAACGCAAAGUUCAGGGAAAUCAUCCGAUCUUUAGGCGGAGCUGAGAUCCUUCGCCAGUUCGAUGCACUCCAGACCCAUCAGCAGCGCGCCAGCAUCCAAUUCGCUCAUCAGCAGCAGCAGAACGACCUUGGCAAUCACUCCUCCAACGACGAAAGGACCGCGCCGAUCUCAUCAGAGAGCUCAGCCUCUGGCUCUCCAUCACCCGAGCCAGCCAGUCCUCGCGACGACGGUCAAAGCUUGAAGAUGAUGGUUCUCUGCGGCAUGUGCGUCGGCAUGCUUUGGGCACCAAGUCCGUUCGCCAACGCCGCGGACCAUCACCACGGAAUGGCCAAGGUGUUCGGAAACCCCAACACAUCGUCAGCCAUUGCGAACCUCGGAUUUGUUGCCGCCUCACUUCCCGUGCUCUACCAUGUCGCUCAGAUCUUCUUCCUUAUCUUUGGCAUGUUCCGCGUCUUCCGAUGGGCCUCCCCGUCAUUGGGGGCCGGUGUCACUUCUCGCAUGGCGAAUGCGUCAGCCGAAGCGCACGCACUCGUAAGUGAUGCACCGUACGAGGAGCGCUAUAAACAGUUGUGCACUGUACAAGGCAGGAAACUGGAGCAUGCGGGAUGGUGGACAGUCAUCUUGGAACUGCCAAGGUACUUUGCAUCGCAGUACCUACCUGCGCGAAAGACGUCGACCGGUGUUGCGAAGUUGUCGUUGAUCGUUUUGGAAGCUAGUCUUCGAGAACCGAAAUCGUUGCCGCCAGCGCAUCGCGUAUACCUCGCACUCAACACGUUGAGCCUGGUCAACCGCAUACCAGCAAACUCGGCUGAGCUCGUCUCGUUAGGACACUUCCAGGCAGCCGUCAGUCUGCGCGUCGCCCUCACUACCGUGAAGUCUCCCCUCGCCAGCCGCAUUCUGCGUUCCCGCGCCGCGAAAUGGUUCUCGGCCGCGCUGAAAACCGAUAACUUCGAAUGGGCUAAAGGUGUUGAGAAGGCUGACCUCGUCACGACUUUCGAGAGUGACGCAUGGAUCGACGUUGCGGAUCCGGUACGAUCUCUGAAGGACGCUGCUGGCAAGCUUCAGAUGCGUCAAAUUAUCUAUCAACGCGACGCCAUCCAAGCACUGCGUCCCUUGCCGUCGCCCGGCACAUCGGCUGCGCUCACUCUUGUUGAGAAGGUCCUUGGCGCGUCGGCUAGCCGCAAACAUCCCGCCUUGGUGGUCAUUGCGCUGUAUGCCUCGGGCUCGACGCAGGAAGGCACCAAUAUCGUCGCUCACCUGAUCUCUGAAAACCAGCUGAAAGGCACCGUUGGGCUGGCCCUGUUGACCUACGCCGCAACAACCGCGAUGGAGUACGACAACGAAGACUAUGACGCUGCGAAAGCCGUCGCCGCCCUGAGCAGGCUCGCGGACGGGUUGGCCGUCACCUUAUCCCCAAAAUCAUCCCGCCUCAACACCGUCACCCUCUCAUCGCAGAAAGCCGACGACAUGAACAACCUCGCCGAGUUCCUCGCCAUCAGCUGGGCCGUGAUGGGCCUCAAACGUUUUGUGGAGCAGAGCAACGCGUCUGUCGCUGUGGGAGCGGAUUGGGGUGCAUCCGACCCGAUCUUUGAGAAGUGCAUCAGCCGCUGCGGGUACAAGCUGAGGACGCUCCUUAGCGCAUUGGUGGAGGGUGCGGAAGACUCUGUGCAGGGUAGGGCUACUGCGAAGGAGUUUGUACGGAUUUACCAACGUCUGUUUGAUGGGAGCAAUGCCCCUUACUAGUAGACUUGGGUCGUAGGGGGGUUAUGGUUGCCGGUUUUGUUCUACUGUGGUUCUCCUUUUUUGUCACAAUCAAUAUACAUCUAUUACUUGUCUUCGUAAGCACGAGUCUCAUGCAAGCCAAUUGCCA